AUGACACAACAAUGUGCAGCCCUCACGGCGGACAACACGAACUGGGGAUUCUGCCCAAACCUACCAGCAGCCUACCUCUUUGCGAUCCUGUUUGGCUUGACUCUGAUCGCACACAUCGUUCAGAUGAUAUGGCAGAGGAAAUGGUACUGCUGGGUCGUGUGCCUGAGCGCCGCAAUGCAGGUGGCGACUUAUGUCUUACGGAUCUUGAGCAUCAAGAGUCCAGCCAACGAGGGCUACUAUUCUGAGUGGUUCGUGCUGAUACUGGUCGCUCCAGUCUUCGCGAAUGCCUUCGUGUACAUGGCUAUGGGUCGCAUGGUCUACAACUUCACCAUCAAAGGCUCCGUAUACGGCAUCCGAGCAUGGCAUUUCGGCCUCAUCUUCGUCUGUCUUGACGUUCUCGCCCUGUUCGUCCAGAUUGGAGGUGCAGCGAUCGCCAGUUCCACUCAGACGGACACAAAGACCAUCAUGCUCGGCUUGCAUGUAUACAUGGGCGGCAUUGGAUUCCAACAACUCUGUAUCUUCGCCUUCCUCGGACUGUCUGCACGCCUGCACAUGCAGCUUCGAUCACAGCCGGUGUCGCCCCAAAGAAGGACAGCCUUUCGAUUGUUGUACGUCAUGUACGCUGUGGUCGGCCUCAUCACACUUCGCAUCAUCUUCCGCUUGAUUGAGUACAGCAGGGGCUUGCAGUCCACCAUACCGCUACACGAGGCGUAUCAGUAUACCCUGGACUCAUUACCGAUGCUCAUCGCACUGGUACUUCUUAACAUUGCACACCCUGGUACACUGAUGCCUGGCAAAGAGUGCAACAUGCCAGGGCGAAAGCAGCGAAAGCUCAUGAAGAAAGAAGGCAGACAGGCCAAGGGCCGCGCAGAGGAGUACUUUUUAACAAGAGAGAGUCCGUAUCGGCCAGUCUCGAGGACGAACACAUAUAUGCGCAUGGCUCAAGUGUAG